AUGAGAGACGAAUGGAUGAAAUGUCAUAGAAAAUUAAGCGAGAGCAAGUCGGGAUCGGGAGCUAAUCCAAUAGUUCAUAAGUACACGUACUAUGACAACAUGAAAUUUUUGUCAAAAAUAGCCCAACAUAGGGAUACUGAGUCAAAUAUGCAACCAACCUUUAACACUGAAAGUGACGACAGCCAUGAUUCACUGAUCAGAAAAAGGAAGAAAGAACAAGUUCAUAAAGAAAAAGAUUUGAGUGCAGUAGAUAGAAGAAUGAUUCAAUUUAUCGAUUCUAUGCAAAAAGAAGAAAAGAAAAUCGAUGACAGCAGAAUUAUGUCAUUUUUCAAGAGUAUUGCUCCAACAAUAGAAAAGUUCAGUGACGAUGAAGUUGUCGAAUUUCAAUAUCAAGUUAUUUCAAUAUUACGGAAUUUUAAACAAAGAAAUAUAAAUAGCAACACAUGA